UAAAAAAUUAGGUUCGUUGGAACCGAGCGUACCAAGUACAACACACAUAGUUGUUGUGUUCGUUCCUCAGUAUUCAUUACUACACACACUGCAUUAUCUUCUCUCAUAAGCCGAAAAAAAAAAAAAAAAAAGCUAAAAUCAGAUUAUUCAGGAAUUGCUUUCUCUCCAAGCUUAAUCGCAUGCUUUUUUUCUUCACUUAUAAAACCAAACACUCUCUGUUUCUUCCUCUUGCAUUCUGAGUGUGGUAGUUUCGUGUUUUUUCAAUGGCGAAAAACAUGAUUCUUCUUCUAUUUCUCUUUUGCUUUCAAGUAAACGCCAUUUUAGACCCAACAGAUUUUCUAGCUCUACAAUCCAUUCGUAAAUCUCUUGAAGACAUGCCUGGUUCUGAUUUCUUCUCUUCUUGGGAUUUCACUUCUGAUCCAUGCAACUUCUCCGGUGUUUUCUGUGAUUCCGAUAAGGUUAUUUCUCUCAAUCUAGGUGAUCCUAGAGCCGGUUCAGCCGGUUUAACCGGUCGACUCGACUCAGCUAUUGGUAAGCUUUCUUCUCUAACUGAGUUCACUGUUGUUCCGGGAAGAAUUUACGGUCCUCUGCCUCAAACCAUUUCAAGUUUGAAGAAUCUCAGGUUUCUUGGUGUUAACAGAAACUUCAUCUCCGGUGAGAUUCCGACGGAGUUAGGUGAGUUACGCAGUCUGAGAACUAUUGAUCUAAGUUAUAAUCAGCUCACCGGAAAAAUUCCUCCGACGGUUGGAUCAUUACCGGGAUUAACCAAUCUCAUUCUCUGUCAUAACCGUUUAUCCGGUUCUAUUCCCCGGUUUGAUUCUCAGAGCUUAAGCCGGUUGGACCUGAAACAUAACUCACUCACCGGUUCGAUUGGUCCAAAUUCUCUUCCUCCGUCGCUUCAGUAUCUCUCAUUGUCGUGGAAUCAACUCACCGGUUCAAUGGACCGGGUUUUAACCCGGCUUGAACAGUUAAACUAUUUAGACCUUAGUCUAAACCAGUUCACUGGAUCCGUCCCGGGUCGGAUAUUCUCAUUUCCACUAACAAAUCUCCAGUUACAAAGAAAUCAGUUUACCGGUUCAGUUGAACCGGUUGAUCAAGUUGCAAUACCAACCGUUGAUCUUAGUUACAACAGAUUAUCCGGUCAAAUUUCGCCUAUGCUAGCUAGCGUGCAGAAUCUGUACUUGAAUAAUAAUCGGUUCACGGGUCGGGUACCCGCUAGUUUUGUGGAGCGGUUACUUGAUGCGAGUAUACAGAUAUUGUAUUUGCAGCAUAAUUAUCUAACUGGAAUUGAGAUUAGUCCAACGGCUGUGAUUCCAGAGAGAAGUUCAUUGUGUAUGCAGUAUAAUUGUAUGGUCCCUCCUGUAGAGACUCCUUGUCCUUUGAGAUCUGGGAAGCAGAAAACAAGGCCUACUACACAGUGCAAUCAGUACAAGGGAUAAAAUUAAAUUAAAAAAAUUAUAUAGGUCUAUUCUUCUUGCUUCUAAUAUUUAUUUAUUUUUUUGCUCUUAGUUUUUUAUUUAUUAUAAUUAUUAUAAUUGUUAAAUUUUGUGAUAGCUGCCUGUGGGGGAAUGAACAGGGUGAAAUAAGAAGAAUGUGAAUACUUAUGAAACUGUAGCUAUUUUUUAUGUUUUAUGCUCUAUAUUAUUAUAUUACUAAUGUAAUAUGAUUUUGAUUCAUUAUGUUAUGCAAAACUAAGCUGAAAUUAUCAAUCAUUAUAUCUUAUUA